AUGUCGAAGACCAAGUCCGUUUCCAAGAAGGGUGGCGAGAAGCCCGUUGACAAGGCCUUGAGCAAGGUCAAGGAUGCCGGUGUGAGCAAGGCUGCUCAGUCCCCCAAGGCCAAGAGCAAGCAGAUUGCCAAGGCUGUUGUCACCAAGGAGAAGAAGUCCUCCAAGAAGAAGAAGGAGCCUACUCCCUCCGAGUCCUCCGAGUCCGAGUCCGACAGCGAUGAGGAGAUGGACUCUGACUCUAGCUCUAGCAGCGAGAGUGAGGAUGAGAAGCCCGCCAAGAAGGACAACAAGAAGAAGAAGGUCGAGUCUGAGUCUGAGUCCGACUCGGACUCCGACUCUGAGAGCGACGAGGAUAUGAAGGAUGCCUCCAGCAGCAGCGAGAGCGAGAGCGAGGAUGAGAAGCCUGCUAAGAAGGAGACCAAGAAGGUCGCUAAGAAGGAAGAGUCCGAGUCUGAGGAUUCCGACUCCGAGUCCGAGUCUGAGGAGGAGGCUCCUAAGAAGGCCGAGAAGAAGGUUGAGUCUGAGUCCGACUCUGAUUCCGAUUCUUCUUCUGAGGAGGAGGCCCCCAAGAAGGCUGCCAAGGAGUCCAGCGACAGCGACAGCGACUCUGACUCUGAGUCUGAGGAGGAGAAGAAGGCCGAGAAGGAGUCUUCUUCCGACUCUGAUUCUUCCGACUCCUCCGACUCUGAGUCCGAGGAGAGCGAUGAGUCCCCCAAGGAGUCCAAGAAGCGCAAGGCUGAGGACGAGAGUGCCGCCACCCCCAAGAAGACCAAGGUCGAGGAGUCUGCUGAGGGUGCCUCUGCCAACCUCUUCGUCGGCAACCUGUCCUGGAACGUUGACGAGGAGUGGCUCCAGCGCGAGUUCGAGGGCUUCGGUGAGCUCUCCGGUGUCCGCAUCAUGACUGAGCGUGAGACUGGCCGCUCUCGCGGUUUCGGUUACGUUGAGUUCACCAACGCUGCCGAUGCUGCCAAGGCUUUCGAGGCCAAGAAGGGCGCUGAGAUCGAUGGCCGUACCAUCAACCUCGACUACGCCACCGGCCGUCCUGCCAACAACCAGGGUGCUCCCCGCGACCGCGCCCAGGACCGUGCUCGCAGCUUCGGCGACCAGGCCAGCCCUGAGAGCGACACCCUGUUCGUCGGUAACCUCCCUUUCAGUGCCAACGAGGACUCCGUCGGUGAGCUUUUCGGCGCCCAGGGUACGGUCGUCGGCAUCCGUCUGCCCACUGACCAAGAGUCUGGCCGUCCCAAGGGCUUCGGUUACGUUCAGUUUUCUUCCGUUGAUGAGGCUCGUCAGGCCUACAACGAGCUGAACGGUGCCGAGCUUGAGGGCCGUCCCGUCCGUCUGGACUUCAGCACUCCCCGCCAGAACAACAACGGCGGUGGCCGUGGCGGUUUCGGUGGUCGUGGUGGUGGCCGUGGCGGCGGUGGUGGCUUCGGUGGUCGUGGCGGUGGUGGCCGUGGCGGUGGCCGCGGUGGCCGUGGCGGCUUCGGCGGUCGCGGUGGUGGUGCCGGUGGCUUCAACAAGGGCAAGGGCUCUAUCCCCGAGUACAAGGGCACUAAGGUUACCUUUUAA